UCGUAUUUUACUUCUACGACACUUCAAAAGAUCUCCACUUUGUUCAGAGUUUUUCAGCUGUAAUACGACAUCAUCUGUCAACUGGACAUGCAUUGAUACUGUCGUUUUCUCAUAAGGUGGUCUCAGAAUUGAGUGGAACCUUUUGGCACCAAUAAGAUCUUAGACAAGAAAAUAUAAGACAGUGAACAACUUAAUUUGAUGUCUUUUGGUAGAGAUAUUGACUUCAAGAUGCAUAAAGUAUUCAUCGGCUGGGAGACAUUGGACAUGAAUGAACAGGCUGUCGUCUAUAAUAACGAUGGAGAAGGUCGUGUUGAAGAAGGUCCAAAACGGUUGUUUUUAUUUCGAGAAAAGUUUGUUCCAUUGUCAAGAUACACUGCUGACCAAAACCACUACCUUCAGGUUAAGUACAGGAAUGGCACAAUAGAACAUAUUCGUGGUCCAUGCCUUAUAUACAAGAAUCCACUUGAGCAUGACAGUAUUAAACUAGAGAACAACAUCUCACUUGAUGCUAAUGAAGUUCUUGUGAUAUACCAGAGAGAUGAGACUACAGGCGCUGUAAGGAGAUAUCUACAACAUGGACCUACAAUGUUCAUACCCCAAGCGAAUGAAUGGCUUCACAAAUUCUGCUGGCAUGGUGUUGACCCUAACAAUAAAACAAGACUUCUACCUCACUCUAAUACUUUCUCAAAGUUAAAAGUCAUACCCGAUCAAUUCUAUUAUAAUGUUGACGAAGUGAGAACAGCUGAUGAUGCCCUUAUUAGGGUGAAACUCAUGAUAUUCUAUGAGCUGACAGAUAUUGAACAAAUGCUUAACUCAACACAAGAUCCUAUUGCAGACUUUGUAAAUUGUGUAUGUGCAGAUGUCAUUGCAUUUUCUUCAAAAUUGACUUACAUGGAAUUCAUAGAACUCUCAGGCGAACUUAACAAUCUCACCAACUACCCACAGCUAAAAGCAAGGUCAAAGGCCAUCGGCUAUGAAAUCUCCAAGGUCGUAUUCAGAGGUUACUAUGCCAGUGAGAAACUUCAGAAGUUGCAUGAUAACGCAAUUGCUGCCAGAACUAAGCUAAAAAUGGCUUUUGAAAGGGAGGAACAGGAGCAGUUACUAACAGAUAUGAAGUUAAAUGCUGACACUGAGAGAAUCUCAACUGAACAAAAGAUGGAGCUGGAAUCUAUCAACCACAUACAUGAAAUGGAAAGAAAGGAACAAGAGCAUAGUCUGGGAAUUGAGAUGAAACAAUUCCAAGGAGAGAUGUCAAGAUUGGAACAAGACCAAAAGGCAACCAUACAGAUGAAGGGGGAAAUGAACAAACAAAAAGUAGAGCAUUAUACUAAUCUGAAAACAAUGGGGGUUGAUCUAACAGAGUUUGUUAAACAACAAGCUGCAAGACCUCAGAAACUUAUACAUGUCUCAGCAGAGAAUAAUGCAGCUAAUUUACAUUUGCAUCAGUAGCUAAUUUACAUUUGCAUCAGUAGCUAAUUUACAUCUACAUCAGUAGCUAAUCUCCAUCUACAUCCAUAGAGAAUGCAGUUAAUUUACAUCUACAUCAAAGGAAACUGCAGCUAAUUUACAU